AUGGCAGCCGUUCUCGGAGCCCGGAUGAGUCGAACGGUGGUAGACACGCACUCAUUAAAGAUCAAUCGAUGUGUUCUUUGGACAGAUUCGCGAACAGUAUGGAGCUGGAUCCGCUCCGAUCAACACUUCUACAAACAGUUUGUUGCAUUUAGAAUUGGAGAGAUUCUAGAACUGACACGAGCUACUGAUUGGCGCUGGGUUCCAACUAAGCUGAAUCAAGCGGAUGUGCUGACGAAGUGGCAUCGAGAUACGUUAGGUAGCGACGGAGAUUGGUUUAAAGGGGCGCAGUUUCUUUAUCAACCUGAACAUCAAUGGCCAACUCUUGAUGUACCAAUUGAGCAGACAAGUGAAGAUUCCAGAGGUUGCGUAUUCUUUCACGGAAUUGUUGACGUCGGACGAUAUUCACGGUGGAUGAAACUGCAAAGAGUGAUGGCUUAUGUAGUCAGGUUUAUCGAAAAUUGCAAACGCAAGGUGAUGAAGCAACCUAUACACACAGUAAAAUGCACGAAGAAUCAGCAAAAGAAAAAUUUGGCGCAUUUACCGUCAGUGCUAUGUGGGCUUACGAAAGAAGAGUUUCAAAGGGCAGAGGUUUUUCUAUGGAAACAAACACAACUGGAAGGUUUUGCAGAGGAGAUUAGUGCGUUAUCCAAGAAUAUUUCAGUAAAGAAAACGAGUAACCUAUACAAGCUAACACCAAUGCUGGACAAAGACGGUGUGCUUCGGAUGGGUGGAAGAAUGGAGCUGUCGGGGGAAAUUUCGAUUGACAAGCGCUUUCCAAUAAUUCUACCUAGGAAACAUGCCGCAACGGAGAAAGUGAUACAGUUUUAUCAUGAGAAGUUCGGUCAUGCUAACCGAGAGACUGUGACAAACGAACUUCGUCAAAGAUUUUGGAUUCCAAACAUCCGUGCCACUGUGCGGAAGGUUAUGAACGAAUGCGUUUGGUGCAGAGUAAAUCGAUGUCGUCCACGAACCCCUAUGAUGGCACCACUUCCGACGCAGCGAGUUACGCCCUAUGUUCGACCGUUUAAUUCAGUGGGAAUUGACUAUCUUGGCCCAAUUGAAGUCACCGUUGGACGUAGGAAAGAAAAACGGUGGGUGGCAAUAUUCACCUGCCUUGCUGUACGGGCAAUACAUCUUGAAGUUGUUGUGAGUUUAUCAACACAAUCAUGCUUGAUGGCCAUCCGGAGGUUUAGCUGCAAACGAGGUGUUCCCGGAGAAAUAUUCUCAGACAACGCAACGUGUUUCAAAGGGGCAAAUAACGAAAUGAAAAGAAUAUACGGAGAGUGUGCAGAGAAAGUAGUGAAUGCUGCGACAGCGUGGCACUUCAACCCGCCAGCGACACCUCAUAUGGGCGGCAUCUGGGAACGGAUGGUAAGGUCGGUAAAGGAAGCGAUGAAAGCACUAGAUGAUGGACGAACACUGUCUGAUGAGGUACUGACAACAACACUAGCAGAAGUAGAAGAUAUGGUUAACACGCGUCCGUUGACAUACGCGUCUCAAGAUGCUGACGACGAGGCAAUCACUCCGAACCACUUCCUUCGUGGAUCCGUUGCAGAUGCAGAUGCGAAGAUAGAACAUACGGUGAAUAUAGCUGAAGCCCUGCGCGAUUCCUACAAACGCUCUCAACUAUUAGCGAACCAAAUGUGGGAAAGAUGGUUGAAGGAAUAUCUGCCAACAAUCAACAGACGGACUAAAUGGUUCGAAGAGAAGAAGCCACUGCAAGUAAACGACCUAGUUUUUCUCGUCGAUGGAAAAAACCGAAAGAGUUGGAUCAGAGGAACAGUAGAAGAAGUGUUGAAAGGACCCGACGGUCGAGUGAGGCAGGCGAUAGUGCGUACAGCUCGAGGUGUAUAUCGGCGUGCAGUAUCAAACUUAGCGGUGUUGGAGAUUUGA